AUGUCAAACAACAAACAAGAAGCACCCUUUGGCAAUCUCGCACCUUGGUCCGAACCGGCGUGGUCUCAUGGGAUACCCUCACCUUACUACAAUGAAUCCCACAAGAAAUACCGCAAUGCACUUCGAGAAUACAUCAACACAAACAUUCUUCCCGACGCAUUAGAUUGGGAAGAAUCCGGCUCCGCCCCCCUCUCAGCCCAACUCGCCUGGGCUCGAUCAGGCUUCAGUUUCUCCGACGUGCCCCUCGCCUACCGUCCACACGACGUCCCCUUUCCCGCCGGAAUCCCCGUCGAUCAACUCGAUGCCUUUCACUUGCUGAUUUCGACGGAUGAGACUUCGCGGGUCGAGGGAGGCGUGACGUCGAGUUUGGGUGGUGGGACGGUGAUUGGGAUUCCUCCGGUGAUUCAUCAUGGGACGGAGAGUCAGAAACGAAAAUGGUUGCCGGGAUUGUUUAGUUGGGAGACGAGUUUUUGUCUGGGGGUUACGGAGCCGAGUGGAGGAUCGGAUGUGGCGAAUAUUCAAACUACGGCGGAAAAGACGCCUGAUGGGAAGUUUUAUGUGGUGAAUGGGUGGAAGAAGUGGAUUACGGGUGCUCCGUGGGCGACGCAUAUGACUACUGCAGUACGCACUGGCGGUCCAGGCAUGGGUGGAAUCUCCGUCCUCGUCAUCCCCACCUCCUCCCCAGGCCUCUCCAUGCGCCGCAUUCCCAACAGCGGCCAAAAAGCCGGUGGAGCUUCCCUCGUCGAACUCGACGACGUACACGUCCCCGUAGAGAAUCUCAUAGGCAGAGAAAACCAGGGCUUCAAAGUCAUCAUGGUGAAUUUCAAUCGCGAACGAUACAUCAUGGCAGUAGGUUGCAACCGCAAAGCUCGCACCUGUCUCGCGCACGCAUUCCACUACGCGCACCAACGCUCCACGUUUGGGAAAAAACUCAUCGAAAAUCAAAUUAUUGCGGCGAAAUUCUCGACCAUGGCGAGAUAUAUCGAGAGUCAUUGGGCUUGGCUGGAGAGUAUUGCAUAUGCCGUGCAACAGUCUCCGAUGGGUUGGCAGGAUCCGCAUGUGGCGGGGAGAAUUGCGUUGGCGAAGGUGCAAGGAGGUAGGAUUCAGGAGAGUGCGAAUCGGGAGGCUCAGCAGAUUUUUGGGGGUGCUGGAUAUCAGAAAGGGGGGCCUGGAGCGGUGGUGGAGCAGAUGAGUCGUGAUUUGAGGAUGAUGGUGGUGGGAGGGGGGAGUGAGGAAAUUAUCAGUGAUUUGGCGGUGAGACAGGAAACGGUGUUGGCGAAGAAGAGGGGGUGGAAGUUGUAG